AUGCAGUUCUCCAACCUGUUGCUGGCCAUCCUGCCAGCUCUGGCUCUUGCCGACGAAGGUGCUAGCACCUCGACCUACACCGCGACUACCACCCUCACCAAGACUCUGACGCUCUCGUCCGCGCACACCGUCACCUCAUCCGUCGCGGUGAACAGCACUACGCCCAUCUCCACGCCCACUUCCUCCUACACGAUGGUGUCUUCGUCCGAUCUCACCAGCCUUCCCGUGGAGACGAGCACGAGCUCUCCCGAGGAACCAUCCACUGUGCCUGACGAUGAUUCUGGCGCUGUCGGCGCCGUGUCCGCCGGCAAGGUCGUCCUGGCUGGUGUCCUGGGCAUGGUUGUUGUUGGCAUGAUGUAA